ACCCAGGCUGGCCAAUGGGCCCGUCGAGCACAGCGAGCGCAACUUCGGAGCUACUUUAGUCCAGAUCCCGCGGACGCGCCGCGUUUCCAGCCCGCGGCGAUACAGCGCGAGUUAAAGAAGCUCUUCCAUGAAAACCGACGCGAGGUUCUCGUCGAGGAGGUCUCCGCUGGUCUCGUGUCUUCAAGGCCUUUCCCUUCACUCGCGGUGGGACUGGCUGGUUUCGAGUGACGCCAUCGCGUUAUUUUUACCCCGAUGACCUCAUCCCCGAGCUGAAGUUUGGUGACCAGUGAAACUUUUUAAAACUUCUUUUUUUGUCUUUACCGCUUUUCGAGGAGGCGCUGAGGACGUUGUUUCCGAAAUGCUGUCCGGUUCGUCUCUUUCCGCGGCGAAGGAAGUAGAAGAUGCCCAGGGCCCUCCACAGUGAAGAAGUAAUGCAUUCAUUUGACCUGAUUCAGCCAGAUAACUGCUUGAGCAUGAAGACGAGGAGUGAGGAGGAUGAUGUAAUGGCGCUGCGGCCCAGGAGAAAAGCCCUCUUUUGUCACGCCACUGCAAUGGUGUAAAAGAAAGGCCCCCACUCUCCCUCCCCGACAAGCCCCCAAAACACAGUCCAGCCGCCUCUCACUGCCUGCCUGCUGGAAGUGGGCCGAAGUAGAUGCACUGUUUGGCGCAGACCCCCGAUUACGGCAUACAUGCUCUCUUAAGCUUACAAACACAUAUAAGCAGGACAGUGCCCCCCCCUACACUUCAUUAUCACCUACAUACACACACUCACGUAGUGUGCAGUGCCUACCCACCCGUUUGUUUUCUACUCUUUCAAGGCUUCUUUGCUUCUUUUUUUCUCUUUUCCUUUCUAUCCCUCUCUUUUUCACUUUUUUUUGUUGGGCUGGGCACUGAGCCCGCCAGCCGAACGCCACGAGGGUGACAUCAUCGCUUGCCGCCACAAUGGGGUCGUUCUUCUCCUGAGGGCCCUCGCUGGCUGGCUGCGUCACCGCUCCGGACCUCCAGCUCCACGGGACUGCCAGGAGGAGGAGGAGGAGGAGGGAGGAAGAGAGGAGGAAACGGUCAGAGAUAGAGGGAGACAGAGGUGGUGGAUAUGGCAGAGCCUACUGGGGCAGCAGCCCUGGCCACAGUCAGAGUCAUCGGGCCAGAAGGUCUGGUGGCCCUGCUGGAGGGCGGACUGGACCGUGUGCUCCUGAUUGACAGCCGGCCCUUCGUGGACUACAACGCCUCCCACAUUCUGGAGGCGGUCAACGUGAACUGCUCCAAGCUGAUGAAGAGGAGGUUGCAACAAGACAAGGUGCAGAUCACCGAGCUUCUGCAGCAUUCAGCCAAGAAGAAGUUGGAACUACAAGGUCAGGAAGUGGUGGUGUAUGAUCAGAGUUCGUCUGACCCCACCUCUCUGUCAUCAGAGGCCUUUCUCAGCGUCCUAUUGGCUAAACUGCAGAGGAAUUUUCCGUCCGUCCACCUGCUCUCAGGUGGGUUUGUAGAGUUCUCAGAUCUGUUUCCGGGCCUGUGUGAGGGCAAGUCCACGUUGGUGCCGUCCUGUAUCUCACAGCCCUGCCUUCCCCUCAACAGCAGUGGCCCCACUCGUAUUCUGCCCCACCUCUACUUGGGCUGUCAGAGGGAUGUGCUUAACAAGGAUCUGAUGCAGCAGAACGACAUCGCAUACGUGCUCAAUGCCAGUAACACCUGUCCCAAGCCUGACUUCGUUCCCGAGUCUCACUUUCUGCGCGUACCGGUCAAUGACAGCUUCUGUGAAAAGAUCCUGCCCUGGCUGGACAAAUCGGUGGAAUUCAUAGAGAAGGCAAAGGCUUGUAAUGCGAGGGUUCUAGUCCACUGCUUGGCAGGAAUUUCCCGGUCAGCCACUAUUGCCAUUGCCUACAUCAUGAAGAGGAUGGAUAUGUCCUUAGAUGAGGCAUAUAGGUUUGUGAAGGAGAAGAGGCCCACCAUCUCACCCAAUUUCAACUUCUUGGGCCAACUGCUGGACUUCGAGAAGAAGAUUAAAAGCCCCAGAGAAGCAGAGACCAAGUGCAAGCAGGUAGAGCUGGCAGAGGACCUUAGCCAAGAAGCAGACAGUAGUGGGCCAGAUUCGUCCAGCACUGCAAGGAUCGAGACCUCGUCCAUGGUGGCCCCGCUAGAGCCACUGACCCUUCCCUGUGUACUGGCUGGGGUUCCUGAGGAGCAGCUCCUAGCUCAGGCUCUUUGCAGCUUGCAGCUAGGUGAGGGUCUAGAGGACAGCGCCCGUCUGAAGCGCUCUUUCUCCCUGGACAUUAAGUCAUACGGUGAGCCGAGCGCAGGAACCACACUCCGGGAGGGUGGUGGAUAUACUUCAGACUACUACAAAGCAUCCUCCUUUAAAGACCCAACAGCCAAACCCUGUCAGUUCUCCCCAGUGCAGGAGGUUUCAGAGCAGUCAACACCAGAGCAGAGUCCGGACAAGGAGCAGGUAGACGGCCCAUCAAACAGCAAGCCCUUCAAUGCCAAUCCUCCCAUCAAGCCCCAGGCCACAGCCUCAAAACCCCCUCCUCCUCCACCUGUAGCCCGACCACAGCCCCUGCACAGAAGUGGCAGCAUGGAGGAAACCCAGAGUGCGGCCAGCUUUCUGCUGGGCCUGUCUCGCUCACAGCAGCAGCUGACCAAAGGUGGGCCUGGAGCACUCAAGGGCUGGCACUCAGAUAUCCUCCUUGGUUCCAUGGCCGUCUCCUCAUCCUCACUGAGCGGAGGGGGCUGGUACCUCUCCUCUGAGUCCGCACGCUUCUACUCCACCUCAGCCAUCUUCAGCAGCAGCAGUGGAGGUGGAGGAGCCCAGAGCAACUUUGCAGCAGCAUUGAGCUGUAGCCAGGGGCUAGAGGCAGUGAGGAGACGUGGGCGGCAGCGAAGCGGUGACUGCGGGGACUCGCGCCGCAGCUGGCACGAGGAGAGCAGCUUCGAGAAGCAGCUGAAGCGGCGCAGCUGCCAGAUGGAGUUUGGCGACGGCAUGACGGAGAGCCGCUCCAGGGAGGAGCUGGUCAAAGUAGGCAGUCAGUCUAGCUUCUCUGGGAGCAUGGAGAUCAUUGAGGUGUCCUGAAAGCAAGACUUUGACAUCCCGCUUAAACUAAUGCUUGAGCAAAAAGCAUUUAGUUUACACAGUACUCCACUUACCCCAAAUGUAACUGAACAAAAACAUGUUUGGUGUCCAAAGUUUGCUUGUUUAGUUUGGCACAGGACAUAACAUGUAAUGGAAGUUUAUAGCCACCAUUUAGCAUUGUGCUAACUGCGUACGUACAUCAUCAUCCUUGCGCCUCGAACUGCAUCAGUUAAGUGAUGUCUAAUAGACUUGCACAUAUGGUUUCCGAAAGCGUGAACCUGUCGUCUAUAAAAACUCCCAGAAGCUUCAAGACGCCUGCUUUAGAUACCUGUUUGUAGUGAUGCAACAUACUUUUGUUUAUGUUAAUAGAUACUAGCGUUCCAUACAGUGUCAACCAUGCUGCUACAGUGCUAAUUGAAGAGGUAUAUGGUUUCAAUAACUUUGUACCACUACUGCAAAACUAAGGAAGCAGGUUUGUCUUGGCAGAUCAACUACAUUUGGGGUGAACUGUGUAAAUUAGAUUUUUUUUCCACAAGCCAUCACUUUGAACUUCACAGAUUCACUACAGAUCACCUCUCAUAAGAGGGAAGAUUUCCGUGUGUGAUCUGGCCAAAAUCUUUGUAGGUGGCUGGUUUGGACUAUAAACAGCUAGUAGCGG